AUGAGGUGGAUCCCAUAUGAAGAAAACAAAAAGUGGGCCGUAGUUAUUAACCCUUUUCGGAGUGACAGCGGUGAUAAGCUGGAUAUAUCCAUUGGUGAUGAUGUAUUUAUUCUGCGGCACUGUGAUGAGUGGUUUUAUGGAUUCAAGAUGAAUGCUUCAUCUAAAUCCGGUGUAUUCCCCAAAGCAUGUGUUACGUUCAAACGAGAAGAACUCUCUGAUGGCGUCAGUGCUGAAUUACAGAUGAUGGCAGAGAAACUAGUAUCCAUGUUUGUGUCUGGAAAAUAUGGAAGGAUGAAUAAGCACUGUAUGGCACUUUCUGGAGUAGUUGAUCUGAAAUAUGCACUUUCUGAGAGGAUUACUAAGUCUAAAAAGCUACACAUGCAUAUGUCAAUGGUGCAGAGUAAACUUUUCUUACCGUUUAUUAUUCGGGAUGAGAAUUUCAGGUACAUUAACCCGUUCUCUGUAUCUCCUAUUGAUCUUCAUUGGAAACACAAAAAGCUUAUAAGAGAUCUCGAGGAUUCAGAGCUCUCCGCUCAAUGUCCGGCAUAUCACCCGUUCAAUUUACGUAUUCGUUUUAAAAAUCUACCUGAAGCAUUUUUAACAAUGUAUUUGGUCAGUCAAGUUUUACAAAGCCCCAAUAAUCUGGUCAGUUCACCAGCCAAUCUCGUUCCAAAUGUCGAUAUGAAUUCUCUGGUAGUUCGAAUUCUACUGGUACAAAUUUCACUCCAUUCAGCAGUAGUCAAGAUACACACGAUAGUCAUACUGGUGUGA